AUGAUAGAAACACAAGAAAGUGACGAGAUCUCGUAUCUCCGUAGCAAUCCAUUUGAUCCUGAAGUAAGUGAUCGAGAUCCUUUUCCUUCUUUUGAAGCAGCAAUUGCGUAUGAAGACAAGAAAGAAAAGCAGGAAGAAGAAGAAGAGAAUGAUGCAGUUGUAUUAGAUUGGAGUAUUGAUACACUUGCAGAACUUUACCCCAUGGUUUUCUCACCAUUAUCUCAACAGCUAAAGAAUAACCGUAAUAACACUAUGAAUACAUCAAGCUCUGGAACUAGUAGCUUCUUUGAUGAUGAGAAACAGUGUGAGAUACUACGAACACCACUGCCAGCAAUACGAUCGUCAAAUGAUCAAGUAGCAGCAAAAACGACAAGGAGAAAGACACUGACACUCAUUGCAUCCCCGUCUCCGCUAAUGGAGUUGCAUCGGCAACAUAGAGUGGCAAGCUCUUGCAUUGCAUCUGGACAGCAAGAAAGACAAGAGAAAAUGGACAAGAAUCUGCCUUCUACAACACCAAAGCGACCGGUACGUCAACGGUCAACGCCAUUGCAAUCAGCUUCACCACUGCCAGGUAAGAGGAAUCGACUUAGCACUGUUGUAACACCGAAUAGUGAGUGGACGUCACCUUUUGUGGGACGACCCAAGUGGUCGGCAUCACCUAUUGCGACGUUGUGUACGAUCCCUGCCACGUUGCAAUGCGAUUCAACAACACCGUCUUCACUGGUGACUACAUCGACAAAAAAGACAUCAAAGCAACGUUCAAAGAUGCGGCUUUCGUUUGGACUCUCGCCCAUAACUUUGCCACACCGGAAACAAACUUACGACCACGAGAUUGGAAGCGAUGGAGAACGCGUGUUCUCCUUUAUGAGGCAUCUGAAGUGGUGCUUUGGUGGAGCAUGGCGAAUGGUAAUCUGUUUGAUGGGACGCUCUGCUGAUGAAGCGACGUGGGAUAACAGCCCUCAAAUAUAA